CUCGAAAAACCCCGAGCCUGACUUUACGAAGCUGAAAGAGACCAUCAUGCCCAACUGCCUGUCCAUCAACCACGACAACACCGCACUGGCGGACCGCCACGCCACCUUCGCCACGAAUUGCGCCCUGACCUUCUACCCGCUGCACUCAUGGGACCUCAAGAUCCUGACGGCACUGUACACGGUCGCCUCCAUCUCGCUGGACGACCAGAUCCUCGACAUGCGCCACGACGUGCAGCUCUUCCGCACGUGCCUGCUACGCGGGGAGCCUCAGCCGCAGAGGCCCCUGGCGCUCUUCGCCAGAACACUCACCCAGAUGGAGCUCCGUCACGGGACCUUCACCUUGGACCUGCUCGUUGCCAGCACAGUCGAGUCCAUCGCCUCGCACGGAAUCGAAAGCUCCGGCCACAUUUACCACGCCGACCAGAUCUUCUCACGCUACUUCCGGUGGAUGACGGGGUUCGCGCAGUCGUACGGCCUCUUCGUGCCUGCCCAACACCUGUUCCCCAACGAGCCCAUCAAGACGAUCGAGGCGCUCAUGUUAGGAGUCAUGCCUGAUAGGGUCCAGCUCGCGCAUGGCAUCAACGACGUGCUCUCCUUCUACAAGGAGUUGGUCGCGAGGACUGAACGCGCGAACUUCAUCUACAUGGGCGCGGCGAAGCGUGGGGUCUCGCCGCUGAGUAUGCUGGAGGUUUUUUUCGCGGGAGUUGUUCACAAGCUACGAGGCUGUGAUGAGGAAGUUGGAGGUUAA